CGAUGGGGCCGGCUCCGGUUGCGCGUGGCUGCGCGAGCGGCCCCCCGUGUGUGGUCCCUCCUGAGGCGCCCCUCCGGUGAAGGGUCCGACCUGGUGGGGUCCGGGGUGGCGAGCCCAUGAGCGGCUGGGUGGCGGAGGCGCUCGACUGCUGCGGAGGCCUCGACAACAUUGAUUUCAGGCAGGCAGACCUGCGCGUUAUGAGCCUACUGCUGGGCUACGUGGACCCCUCCCAUCCCAGCUUCGUGGCCGCCGUCUUCACCAUCGCUUUCAACCCACUCUUCUGGAAUGUGGUUGCAAGAUGGGAACAGAAAACCCGCAGGCUGAGCAAGGCCUUUGGGUCCCCCUACCUGGCCUGCUACGCCCUGGGCGUUGCCAUCCUGCUGUUGAACGCGUUGCGCUCGCACUGCUUCACCCUGGCCAUGGUGAACCAGCCCAAGAUGGACAGCCUGGACAACCCCAGCAUCCAGCGCCUGGGCCUUGCACUCCUGGCCGUGGGCAUCCUGUUUGUGGUUUCCAGCUUCCUCGCCCUGGGCUUCACCGGAACCUUCCUAGGUGACUACUUUGGAAUCCUCAAGGAGGCCAGGGUGACCACGUUCCCCUUCAACGUCCUGGACAACCCCAUGUACUGGGGCAGCACAGCAAACUACCUGGGCUGGGCCCUCCUAUAUGCCAGCCCCACGGGCCUGCUGCUGACGGCCGUGGUGGCCCUCGUCUACAUGGUUGCUGUCUACUAUGAGGAGCCAUUCACCGCAGAGAUCUACCGCCAGAAGACCACCAGGCCCCACAAACGAAGAUGACCGGGCCAGGCCCCGCAUGGGGGAGAGCGGCCGGCUGGGGAGAGGGGCGCUUCAGUGCCUUGGGGGCCCCCCGGACCUGCCGUUGGGUGGUUCCAGCCCCCUACCAGGACCACACUCCCCAAUAAAGGCACUCUGACCCCA